CUGUGAGCCCACAGCGGCAAAGAUGAGGUGGAAGUGUGCGUGGUUGUGUGUCCUCACUCUUUGUGUUGCUGCUGUCACCGAUGUACAAGCUCGGCUGGAUCCCAACCAUGUCAGCAGCAUCUGCAGCACAUGGGGCAGAGAGCACUUCAAGACCUUCGAUGGUGACGUGUACCAGUUCCCUGGUCUGUGUGAAUACAACCUGGUCUCCGACUGCCACGAGUCGUACAGGGAGUUCUCUGUGCACGUGAAGCGGGAGCUAAAGGAUGGGAACCCAACAGUUAGUUAUGUGGUGGUCACCAUCAACAACCUCUUGUUCCACCUCACAACCAGCGAGAUCACUUUGAACGAGCAGCCUGUCCAGGUUCCGUACUACAAUGCAGGGGUAGAAGUGGAAAAAAACGCUGUUUACAUCAAACUCCAGUCCAAAGUCGGCAUCACUGUCAUGUGGAACGGGGAUGAUGCAGUCAUGGUGGAACUGGAUAAUGACUAUAUUAGUCGCACUUGUGGACUUUGUGGCGACUUCAACGGUUUUCCACUUUAUGAUGAGUUCAUUGAGAACGGUCGCAAAAUCAGUCCAAUUGAAUUCGGCAACAAACACAAAGUUCAUCGACCAAACGACGGCUGUGAGGACCCGUAUGAAGAGGACGGCGAAUCCCCGGUUGCUCUGAAGUCAUGCAACGACUUUCAAAGCCACUGUGAAGAGCUGUUCCAUUCAGAACUCUGGAGUUCCUGCGUGGAGCUGGUCAAGCCUGAACCUUACGUCCAGGCCUGUGUGCAGGACAUGUGCAGCUGCACCAACAGUUCAAAGGAAGUGUGUGUCUGCAGCACACUGACUGAGUUCUCCCGCCAGUGUUCCCAUGCAGGAGGACAGCCACCCAACUGGAGGACACCUCAGUUCUGUGAUAAACAGUGUCCAUUCAACAUGGUUUAUGAAGAGAGUGGCUCGCCGUGCAUGGACACUUGCACCCAUCUAGACACAAGUUCACUGUGUGAGGAACACAAAAUGGACGGCUGCUUCUGUCCUCCAGGGACUGUGUUUGAUGACAUUUCCAUGAGAGGCUGCGUUGCUCAGUCUGAAUGUCAGUGCAAACACGACAAAAUAUACAGCCCUGGUGAGGUUUACCGGCAGGACCUGGUUGAAUGUACAUGCUCUGAGGGCAGAUGGGCCUGUAAAAGCCUUCAAGCUCCUGCUACAUGUGCAGUUGAAGAGGGUUCACACGUGACUACAUUCGAUGGGAAAACCUACAUGUUCCAUGGAGACUGUUAUUACACUUUAGCCAAGGUGGAAAACAAGGAUAACGCAAGUCCGAAGUUUACUUUGUUGGUCAAGUUGGUGCCGUGUGCAAAUCAGGAGUUCGACACUUGUCUUAAGAAACUGAAAAUCCUGCUGAACAAUGACAGAAACACAGUGAGUGUACUAACUUUCACUUCAGAUGGUUCUGUAAAGCAGAACAUGCAGACGAUCAACCUGCCUUAUCAAUCAGGUGACAUCCACAUAUUCCACGCUUCAUCCUUCCAUAUCCUGCUCCAGACCAGCUUUGGGUUACAAAUCCAGAUCCAACAUGUUCCUGUCAUGCAGGUUUAUGUCAGCCUGGACCAGAGCUACAGAGGAAAGACACGUGGUUUAUGUGGGAACUUUAAUAUGAUUCUGAGUGAUGACAUGAAGACGCCUCAGGGCAUUGUGGAGGGAACAGCAGCAUCUUUUAGUAACUCCUGGAAGACGAAUGCCAUGUGCCCAGCCCGAGAGGAAAGACUUGACGACCCCUGUUCUCUCAGUGUGGAGAAUGAGUUAUACGCCAAACACUGGUGCAGCUUACUGCUGAGUCCAAACAGCACCUUCAGCCGGUGUCGCUCCGUGGUGGAUCCUGACUUGUAUUAUAAGCGAUGUGUUUAUGCCAGCUGUAACUGUGAGAAGAGUGAGGGCUGCCUCUGCGCCGUCUUCUCCUCUUACGCCCGGGCUUGUGCAUCUAAGGGAGUGAUCUUGACAGACUGGAGAGACGCCGUGUGCGAUAAAUACUCCAGGAGCUGCCCAGAGACUCAGACCUUCUCCUACAAACAUCAGAGAUGCCAGCUGACCUGCAGAUCACUGGGAUCAGAGCAGCAGAGCUGCACAUCUGACUUCUUACCUGUGGACGGCUGUUCGUGUGCCGAGGGUCUGUACCUGGAUGACCAUGGUCUCUGCGUCCCCAUAGAGAAAUGUCCCUGCUACUAUAACGAACAGUACAUCAAGGCAGGAAAGUCCAUCAGCGUCAAAAAUGACCACUGUGUGUGCACCAGUGGAAAACUUCAUUGUCAUUCUUGGAGAAGCCGCUCAUCAGCAUGCAUGUUUCCAAAAGUAUUCCUGAACUGCUCCAGUGCAGACCCAGGGGAGCUGGGAGUCCAGUGUGCCCGAACUUGUCUAAAUCUGGACAGCAAUGAUUGUGAUUCCACAGAGUGUGAAUCUGGCUGUCGGUGUCCGGCUGGCACAGUGGACAAUGGCAAAGGUUCCUGUGUGAAGGAGCAUGAGUGUCCGUGUCAACACAACGGGCAUGUCUACGACAGUGGAACAAAAAUACCAAAUCAGUGCAACACCUGUACCUGCAAAAGUGGAAAAUGGACGUGCACGGAGAAAAAGUGUCCAGGAACAUGUGUUAUUUAUGGCAGUGGUCACUAUAGGACAUUUGAUCAGCGAGCCUAUGCCUUUCAAGGACACUGUGGCUAUAUUGCCGUCCAGAAUAAAUGUGGUAAUAAAACAGUUGGAGACUACUUUGGAGUUAUCACCGGAAAUGUACCAUGCGGAACUACAGGAACUACAUGCUCCAAAACUGUCCGAAUCCAGCUGGGGCGAACGGAAAUCAAACUGUUCAGGGGUCGAUAUAAAGAGCAGGACCUUGGACAUGGCGCUGACAUUGAGUACAGAAUAAGGAACGUCGGCUUGUAUCUGGUGGUGGAAUCUGACAUUGGUCUGGUUGUGAUGUGGGAUCGCAAAACCACUGUUCGCAUUCUCCUGGAGCCACAGCACAGCGGAGACGUGUGUGGCCUCUGUGGAGACUUUGAUGGCGACGGACAGAACGACUUCACCACGCAAGGUCAGCUGGCUGUGAGCGGACUCCUGGAAUUUGCAAACAGCUGGAAAGUAUCCAGCUCCUGCCCAGAUGUGGAAAUCAACAGUGACCCUUGUGUAGCAACGCCCAGUCGCCAUCACUGGGCAAAAAUGAUGUGCAGCAUAAUAACUGGAGACGUGUUUAAAGAAUGUCAUGUCAAGGUAGACCCGCUUCCCUUUCAUGAUAACUGUGUGAGAGAUUCUUGUGCCUGCGACACUGGGGGGGACUGUGAGUGUUUCUGCACAGCGGUCGCAGCCUAUGCUCAAGCCUGUAAUGAGGCUGGCGUCUGCGUUGCAUGGAGAAGUCCCGAUAUCUGUCCUGUCUUUUGUGAUUAUUAUAACAACCGAAAUGAAUGCAUUUGGCACUAUAACCCCUGUAAGACCUGCUACAAGACGUGCUACAAUCAGAACUGCACCAAUCAUUUACCCAGUCUGGAAGGCUGUUAUCCUGAAUGUCCAGAGGAUAAGCCUCUUUUUGAUGAGGAAAAACAGAUGUGUGUGGAGAAAUGUGAAUCAACCACCACAACAGAAGAGCCAGCCACAACUACACAAUCUACCACAACGGAAGAGCCAACCACUACUACACAAUCUACCACCACACCCUAUCAGCCAACCACGACUACACCAUUUACUACCACAACCAAAGAGCCGACCACGACUACACAAUCUACUACCACAACCAAAGAGCCGACCACGACUACACAAUCUACUACCACAACCAAAGAGCCGACCACGACUACACAAUCUACUACAACAGAAAAGCCAACCACUACUACACAAUCUACCACAACAGAAGAGCCAACCACGACUACACAACCUACCACCACAACCAAAGAGCCAACCACGACUACACAAUCUACUACCACAACCAAAGAGCCAACUACAACUACAAAAGCUAUAUCAACAACACCAUGUAUUCCAGCCUGUGAGUGGUCUGAGUGGUAUGAUGUGCAUGAUGCUGAUAUAGACUACAGUGACUGGGAAACAUAUGAGAACAUUAUAAACAAUGGAAAGGAAAUAUGCCCAAAUCCCAAAGAAAUUGAAUGUGUAUCAACAAAAAACGUCAACAUGACCUUUGAUGACUUUGUGGGUCAAACUGGUCAAGUUGUCACAUGUGAUUUGAGCUACGGCUUAAUAUGUCAAAAAGAGCAGCAGGUCAGACCUCCAUUUAAGUGCUUUAACUAUAAGAUUAGAGUAUGUUGUGAGGUAUGUGUAACACCAACUACAACUACACAAUCUACCACCACAACCGAAAAGCCAACCACGACUACACAAUCUACCACAACAGAAGAGCCAACCACAACUACACAAUCUACAACUAAACCGCCAACCACUACUACAACUAAGGAGCCAACCACAACUACACAAUCUACAACUAAACCGCCAACCACUACUACAACUAAGGAGCCAACCACGACUACACAAUCUACCACCACAACUGAAAAGCCAACAACGACUACACAAUCUACAACUAAACCGCCAACCACUACUACAACUAAGGAGCCAACCACUACUACACAAUCUACCACAACAAAGGAGCCAACCACAACUACACAAUCUACAACUAAUCCGCCAACCACUACUACAACUAAGGAGCCAACCACGACUACACAAUCUACCACCACAACCGAAAAGCCAACCACUACUACACAAUCUACCACAACAGAAGAGCCAACCACAACUACACAAUCUACCACAACAGAAGAGCCAACCACGACUACACAAUCUACCACAACAGAAGAGCCAACCACAACUACACAAUCUACCACAACAGAAGAGCCAACCACGACUACACAAUCUACCACAACAGAAAAGCCAACCACGACUACACAAUCUACCACCACAACCGAAAAGCCAAGCACGACUACACAAUCUACCACAACAGAAAAGCCAACCACGACUACACAAUCUACCACCACAACCGAAAAGCCAAGCACGACUACACAAUCUACCACAACAGAAGAGCCAACCACAACUACACAAUCUACCACAACAGAAGAGCCAACCACGACUACACAAUCUACCACAACAGAAGAGCCAACCACGACUACACAAUCUACCACAACAGAAGAGCCAACCACGACUACACAAUCUACCACAACAGAAAAGCCAACCACAACUACACAAUCUACAACUAAACCGCCAACCACUACUACAACUAAGGAGCCAACCACGACUACACAAUCUACAACUAAACCGCCAACCACUACUACAACUAAGGAGCCAACCACGACUACACAAUCUACCACCACAACCGAAAAGCCAACCACGACUACACAAUCUACCACAACAGAAGAGCCAACCACAACUACACAAUCUACCACAACAGAAGAGCCAACCACGACUACACAAUCUACCACAACAGAAGAGCCUACCACAACUACACAAUCUACCACAACAGAAAAGCCAACCACGACUACACAAUCUACCACCACAACCGAAAAGCCAACCACGACUACACAAUCUACCACAACAGAAGAGCCAACUACGACUACACAAUCUACCACAACAGAAGAGCCAACCACGACUACACAAUCUACCACAACAGAAGAGCCAACCACGACUACACAAUCUACCACAACAGAAGAGCCAACCACAACUACACAAUCUACAACUAAACCGCCAACCACUACUACAACUAAGGAGCCAACCACGACUACACAAUCUACCACCACAACUGAAAAACCAACCACAACUACACAAUCUACCACAACAGAAGAGCCAACUACGACUACACAAACUACCACAACAGAAGAGCCAACCACGACUACACAAUCUACCACAACAGAAGAGCCAACCACGACUACACAAUCUACCACAACAGAAGAGCCAACCACAACUACACAAUCUACAACUAAACCGCCAACCACUACUACAACUAAGGAGCCAACCACGACUACACAAUCUACCACCACAACCGAAAAGCCAACCACGACUACACAAUCUACCACAACAGAAGAGCCAACUACGACUACACAAUCUACCACAACAGAAGAGCCAACCACGACUACACAAUCUACCACAACAGAAGAGCCAACCACAACUACACAAUCUACAACUAAACCGCCAACCACUACUACAACUAAGGAGCCAACCACGACUACACAAUCUACCACCACAACUGAAAAACCAACCACAACUACACAAUCUACCACAACAGAAGAGCCUACCACAACUACACAAUCUACAACUAAACUGCCAACCACUACUACAACUAAGGAGCCAACCACGACGACACAAUCUACCACCACAACCGAAAAGCCAACCACAACUACACAAUCUACCACAACAGAAGAGCCAACCACGACUACACAAUCUACCACAACAGAAAAGCCAACCACAACUACACAAUCUACAACUAAACCGCCAACCACUACUACAACUAAGGAGCCAACCACAACUACACAAUCUACCACCACAACUAAAAAACCAACCACAACUACACAAUCUACCACAACAGAAAAGCUAACCACGACUACACCUCCAGCCAUACCAGACUGCCCAGAUUGGGGUGUAUCGCAAAAUGAGACAUUUUUGUUGUGCAACUGCACCAUGGCCAGAUGCAUAGAAAACAACACAGUUGAAAUAAUACCAUAUGAAUGUCCACCUCUUGAAAACAUCACUUGUAGCAAUGGGAGGAAACCCGUUCUUGUGUAUGAUGAAUACCAUUGCUGCCAACAUUACGCUUGUGACUGUGUAUGUGAAGGCUGGGGAGAUCCUCAUUAUAUAACAUUUGAUGGAUUUUAUUACAGUUAUCAAGGAAACUGUACUUAUGUUUUGAUGGAGGAGACGUCACCAAAACAUAAUUUAAAAAUCUUUAUUGACAAUGUCUAUUGUGAUCCCAACGAAGAUGUGUCUUGUCCACGAUCAAUAAUUGUGUCAUACAAAUCUCAUGUUUUCACACUCAUAAAUCACAACCUUCUUGGAGCAGCACAGUUGGAGGCACUGAAAAAUGGUGUUCGUCUAAGGCUACCUUAUUCAGAUUAUAGUGUUAAGAUCUUGGAUACUGGCAUUAAUUUGGUUUUGGAGAUCCCUCACUUACGAGCCAUCAUUACAUUUGGAAUAACAGGCUUCAGCCUUAACCUGCCAUUUGAAUUCUUUGGCACAAACACACAAGGCCAUUGUGGAACAUGCAAUAACAACCAGACUGAUGAUUGUAUGUUGCCUGGAGGCUCCCUGGCACAAAGUUGUGCUGUGAUGGCAGACUAUUGGUUCUCAAAGGACAUUUAUCAGCCAAACUGCAAGAUACCACCUGCACCACCCACCAACAUUCCUGAGCCUCCCCCAACCUUUGCUCCAUGCAAUCCAGCCUCCAUAUGUGACCUCCUUAAGAGCAGUGUCUUUGGGAAGUGCCAUCCCCUUGUCUCACCUGACAAGGUGUACCAGGGUUGUGUUUUUGACAGUUGCCAUGUUUCUAACCCAGCAGUGGAGUGCACAAGUUUGCAGACUUAUGCUGCUGCAUGUGCUCAGGCUGGAGUUUGUAUCCACUGGAGGAACCACACUAAGCUGUGCACAAGUGACUGCCCAUCAAACAAAGUCUACAAACCUUGUGGUCCUGCAGAGCAGCCAACCUGUGAAGACAAUCCAAAUGAACCAACACUGAACUUCACUACUGAAGGCUGCUUUUGUCCUGAUGGAAUGAAACUCUUUAAUAAAGAAUCUGGCAUAUGUGUAGACAAGUGUGGAUGUCUUGAUCCUGAGGGCAUUCCUCGUGAGUUUAAUGAAAGGUUUGAGUACAAAUGCCAAAGCUGCAUCUGUGAAGAAUCCACAAAGACAGUGACUUGCACGGCCAAGGAGUGUCCAGCACCACCUAUAAAAACCUGCUCCGAACCAGGGUUUGUCCUUGUCAACCAGACAAGUCCGACAGACCCCUGCUGUUCCACCUACGUGUGCCAGUGUCAGAUCAAUACUUGCCCAGCUGACAGCAUGAAAUGCACGGUCGGGUAUUUGCCAGUUGUCAGUGUUCCUGAAGGAAAGUGCUGUCCGGAGCACACAUGUGAGCCUAAAAGAGUUUGUGUACACAAAGACACUGAAUAUCAGCCUGGAUCUUCAGUUCCUGCAAAUACAUGUCAGGACUGUGUCUGUUCAAAUGAGGUGGACCCUCAUUCUGGUCUGUUCAAAGUCACCUGUGAGUUUCAGGCUUGUGAUGAAAAGUGUGACAUGGGAUACGAAUAUGUCGAAACUGAUUCAGAUGAAUGUUGUGGGAAGUGUGUACAGACACACUGUAUCCUCAAUCUUAAUAGUACUGUGCAACUCUUGAUGCAAGGAGAAGUCUGGUCACCACCACAGGAUAAGUGUCAAUAUUUCACCUGUCUUAAGAUCAGGGAAGCCUUGAUAACAACCAGUUCACACAUUGUCUGCCCACCAUUUGAUUCGAAUAACUGUGAUCCAAAUACAAUUCAGACUGCUGCAAAUGGGUGUUGUAAGACCUGUGUUGAGAAAGAGAAGGCUUGCAAACGAUUAACCAUGAAAACAAAAGUUAUGCACAAGAAAUGUCAGAGCAACGAGGAGAUAGAGAUGCCAUAUUGUGAAGGAUCCUGCAACACUUUCACAAAGUACUCUGAAGCAGCAGCCGCUGUGAAGCAUUUUUGCUCCUGCUGCAAAGAGACACGCUUCAGCAAUCGCACAGUUGAGCUGCACUGCUUAAACGGAGACGUGCUUCCCUACACAUACGUCCAUGUGGAGGAAUGUGGCUGUGGGCAAACUGAAUGCACCACACCUGCACGCAGAAAGCGAAGCUUCACACUACAGUGAUAAAACAUUGCAUUAAAUGCUGCAGGACAUACAAUGUUUCCCCAUACUAUUCUCAUAAUUAUUACUUCUUACAAAGACACUGUCAUUGUAGAGUAUUAAUCAAGUAAUUAAAUAAAGCAAUGCAAAAUAUG